CAAUUUUGCUUCGAAAAGAAAAACUAAAGAAAUUUGCAAUUAAAGCUUUCGUCUUCUUUGAGCAAGUCAGAAAAUAGUCCUUAAAAUCGGAUCCGAGCAGCGCCGCCGCUCUUCUUCUAAACCAGAUUUCUCCUCGUCUUCUUCAAUACGCGUAACAGCUUCUGUAAAGCACCCCCUGAUGAGAACUUGACAUCUGACAUCAGACAUCAAUGAGCAGUGCUUCCAGUUCAAGUGGUGUACGAGCAGCUCUCUCCUACUGCGUUCAACAAGUACGAAACUAUGAUUACCACCACUACCUGUGCCUUCUCGAGCUUCCACCAAAUGUGCGUAAAUCCGCCUUCGCCCUCCGGGCGUUUAAUGUUGAGACAGCGAGAGCAAUGGAUGUGGCUUCUGACCCCAGAAUUGGGCUGAUGCGGUUGCUUUGGUGGCAAGAAGCCAUCGACAAGAUCUUCUCCAACAAGUUAAUCGAGCAUCCAGUAGCGCAGGCGCUUGCUUCCAUGGCAUCCCAAAACAAAGCUAGCAAGAUCUGGUUGAAGAGAUCAGUCGAAGCUAGGAUCACUGAUGCCCGAAGAGAGCCUGCUGAUAUUCCACAAACCAUGGAAGAAUUAGAAAGAUAUGGCGAGGACACCAUGUCAACCAUCUUAUACUCGACGCUCGAAGCAAGCGGUAUUAAGUCCACUGCAGCAGACCAUGCUGCGUCACACAUCGGCAAGGCAAGUGGCCUCGCAUUGCUUAUCAAAUCCUUGCCGUAUCAUGCCAGCCGGAACCGCCACUUUUCUUACAUACCCGCUGAGAUAGCAGAGAAACAUGGGUUGCUGGUGAAUCAGAGUGGACAAUCCGAAAUCCGUAUGGAUUCUCGCGAGGAGCUGUGCAAUGCUGUCUUUGAGAUGGCAUCUGUAGCCAAUGCGCAUAUGCAGAAAGCUCGUGCGUUGGCUAAGACAGUGCCCCGUGAGGCUCAUCCGGUACUGCUUCCUGCUGUGCCAACGCAGGUGAUCCUCGAUUCUUUAAGCCGUGUGCAGUUUGAUGUGUUUGAUCCAAGAUUGGCACAAGGUGUGUUGGGGGUUUCUCCUUUGUGGUAUCAGUUGAAACUCAAGUGGUUUUCAUGGAGAGGGAAAUACUGAGAGCUGUCCAGUUUUGUGAAUUGGGAUGGCUUUUCUCCAAAUUAAUUCUAUCUUAACAUGAAUAAUUGUGGAAUUUUUUAUGACUAUACCAAGACCAUUUUUCUUUUUGUUGAACAUGAUCCACAUAUUUUCAAUAAGCCCACAUUGUAUCAUUUGCAGUAUAUGGAAUUGUUUGGUGUCUGAUUAAAAUUCUUCAUAUA